AUGGGAGAGCAGUGGGUGCACAUGGGAGGGCAGUGGGUGCACAUGGGAGAGCAGUGGGUGCACAUGGGAGGGCAGUGGGUGCACAUGGGAGAGCAGUGGGUGCACAUGGGAGGGCAGUGGGUGCACAUGGGAGAGCAGUGGGUGCACAUGGGAGAGCAGUGGGUGCAGAUGGGAGGGCAGUGGGUGCACAUGGGAGAGCAGCCUGUGCCUUCCCCUGCCAGGCCUGUGCCUUCCCCUGCCAGGCCUGUGCCUUCCCCUGCCAGGCCUGUGCCUUACCCUGCCAGGCCUGUGCCUUCCCCUGCCAGGCCUGUGCCUUCCUCUGCCAGGCCUGUGCCUUCCCCUGCCAGGCCUGUGCCUUCCCCUGCCAGGCCUGUGCCUUCCCCUGCCAGGCCUGUGCCUUCCCCUGCCAGGCCUGUGCCUUCCCCUGCCAGGCCUGUGCCUUAUCCUGCCAGGCCUGUGCCUUCCCCUGCCAGGCCUGUGCCUUCCUCUGCCAGGCCUGUGCCUUCCCCUGCCAGGCCUGUGCCUUAUCCUGCCAGGCCUGUGCCUUCCCCUGCCAGGCCUGUGCCUUCCUCUGCCAGGCCUGUGCCUUCCCCUGCCAGGCCUGUGCCUUCCCCUGCCAGGCCUGGAGUGCCGGGGCGCAGGGGAGUGAGUGCUCACGUUGAGACGGCGCGUGAGGUGAGGGGGGCACCACUCACUGGCCCGUCGCUGCCGCCGCCGCUCAUCGGGGGAAAAGAGUUGAGCCCAGCAGCACUGCAAUGCACGGGUGGAGGAAGGAAGGCCACGCGGACAGGUUACACAGGCACUGAGGGGAAGGGAAGAGGCACCAUUGCAACACGGGAUGGCCUUUGA